AAGAAGAGGGUUUGGAACAUAACAUGAGUGGCCUGUGUGCCAUAACAUGGCUGUUAGGAGCUGUAAAAGAAUUUCACAUUCCAAAUAAUUUAAUGGACAAGAUUUAUUACCUCUUUUCUUCCCCCCCACCCCCUACCAACUUAAAUUAUACUGCAUACCCAAGGUUUUUUCCCCAAGUGGUGUUUCAAGAGUUCUGCCUGCUCUAGCUACCUCUACCUCUCUUAAGUAAAAUUUAGUUACAGUACUGGGAAAUCUUGGAAGAGUCAAUCCCAUAUCCCCAAAGUGAAGCACCUUCAAGCCCCCUUGGAUACAGAUGAAUUUGAUGUAAAGACCAAUCCAUCCAGGCUCAAGGGCUAUGCUCCCCAAGGCCCUGCCCCUCCCACCAAUGCUAAUUUAAUCUGCACAGCUCACUGCUGGAGGCAGGCACAUUGCCUCUCCCUGGAUCCACCAAUGCCUAGCAAGAGGAAACAGGUCCAGGCUUGCCCAGAUGACAUUUAAGUCCCUGACUGAAACAAGCCAAUGGUAGUUAGGGACCCUCUUUCUGCUCUCCUCUGUUGACAAGAAUUUCCCAGAACACUUGGAGCUUGGAGCGCGCAAAGUCACCCGGAAGGUGAGGGGCAGACACAGGUCAAAGGGGAUCGUAGGAACCAUGUCAGCAGCUCAGCCUGUGGUGUCAGCCACAUAUCCCCAGAAGCUGUUAGAAGGAGUUGGAAAUCUGUGGCAGCUGGGGGUCUUGUGUGAUGUGACCCUCGAAGUUGGUGGUGUCCACUUCCCUGCCCACCGAGUGGUCCUGGCCUCAGCCAGUGGCUACUGUCGGGCCCUUUUCCUGGGUGGUGCAGGCCUGGAGACCACUGUCCAGCUGCAGGGCAUUCAGCCUGGGGGUAUGGAGAAUGUGCUCAACUUUAUCUACUCUGGGAAGCUGCACCUCUCACCAGACAACUUCAGAGAGACAACACAGGCUGCUGAGGUCCUGCUGGUUCGUGAUGCCAUUCGCCUCUGCUGUGCCUUCCAAGGCACCACCACAACCCCACCGGGAAAGGUCACUGAAGCCCCUCAGGAUGAGCAGUAUGUCCAGGAGUUGCAACAGGAUGCACUGAGUGAGUUACUGGAGAGAAUGGGCAUGCAGGGGGCUAGAGAGCCAACAGCGUUUGAGUUGAUUGUGAGUUGGUUGGGGGAAAGCCCUCUAAGAUUUCCAGAAGGCACCAAGAUGUUGGGCCGGCUCCACUUUCCGUUGAUGUCACCCACAGAACUUCAAGGCCCUGUGCAGGCCACAUCCGCCAUGGAGACUGAUCUCACCUGUCCCAAGGCCCUGAGCUACCACAUGCAUGCUGGUGCCCAGCCAGCCCUGCAAGCUCAACAUGGCUGCCCACAAGCCACUAUCCCUACUCUGCUUGUUCUGGGAGGGCGUGGACCCAACAACCAGCUCAGUGGGGAUGUGUGGGCCAUGAUGCUGGCUAAUGGGACCUGGAGGCGAAUGGGGAGGCUGGCCACACCACUGUACAAUCAUGCUGUGGCUGUGCUCAGUGGCUUCCUCUAUAUCCUGGGAGGCCAGUCCAAGUUUGACCCAGCUGGCCAGCAUCCAUCCAAUGAGGUAUUUCGAUUUGAUCCCCAGCGUGGUACUUGGCUGCAGGUAGCCCGCAUGCUGCAGAGGAGAAGCCGAUUCCACGGGGCCGUCCUGGGUGAGGCUAUUGUGGCUGUGGGCGGCGGGACACUUUUGGGGAAACUCACUAGGACCGUGGAGGCUUAUGAGCCCAUUCAGGACACCUGGAGGUGGCUGGUGCCCUUCCCUGUACCUGUGGCUGACCAUGCUGGAACCACACAUGAGGGCCUUCUCUAUAUAGCAGGUGGCUUCUCUUCAGGUAAGACCUUAAAUCUCCUGAGCAGUUAUCUUCCACGUCUGCAUCGCUGGGUCCCCAACCACCCACUGACUUUCUCCCGCUGUGAACACAGCCUUGCAGCUUCCAGAAACGCCCUCUUCUGUGUUGGAGGCCGGACCCUUAGCCCAGCAGGGACAUGGGUCCACGUUGCUGAGACUGAGUGCUACACCCCAAGCACAGACCAGUGGACAGUUCUGCGUCUCAUCUCCCUGGGCCGAUGUCAGCUGAGCAUGGUUGGGCACGAGGACCAGCUCUAUGUCACAGGUGGGGGCUCUUUGAGCACCAGGACCAAGGAGGCUGCAGUCCUGGUGUCCAAGCCAGCGGGGUGGGCCUGGCAGGAGGUGGGCUUCCUGCCACAGCCACUGCUGGAUCACGCUUCUUGCAUCUUUGCUCUACCCCAGGCUGGAGUUCCAGCCCCACAGGAAAGAGAAACCCAGCCUCAACCUUCUGGUUACCAAUGAAGAGCAGAUGAGGCUAACAGGAAAGUUACAGCAGGCAGGGGAGAAAGGCUGUCCGCCUUAAUCUGGCCUCCUUUCUCUGAGCAUCAGCAUGCCCAUCUGGGCACCAGUGAACUACUGAAUAAAGAUAAAUACAACUCAA